AUGGAGGCUGCUCUUUGGGUGUGCCUAACUUUUCUCUGUCUGCAGGGCAGCUUGCCCCAGCUCACACAUGGUGCAGACUGUACUGGGACAUCACAGGGGAAGAACUGUGUCAGCGGGCAGACCACCGGAGGAAAGAAAGAAGGGCUUGCGCGCCUAGAGCCAUCUGCUGCAAGAAAGACCCAGAACCAGAAACAGCCACAGCGAGGAAAACUUGGGGCAUUCUCUGCACUUGGUAUUAGGCCGGGUGACUACGUGCCAUCGGACAGACAGAAGAGACAGUUGGGGAGGAACUCCCUGCUUCCUGGGUCCUUCUCAGCCAAGGGCUUCCCCAACACACUCAUCAAAGUUCAGACAGAGCGGGCCAGGAGACACCUAGGCCAGUCGGGGACCAAGAAGAACAAGUAUAAAUCCAGAGUGGGAUCCUUCUCUCUCCUCCGCAACAACAACCCCAGUGCCUCCCUACAGGUAACCAGAGUACGGAGGCAGGUGCAGAAUGAGAGGAAGAAGGCGAAGCCAAGAGGACGACCCGGAGCAUAUUCCUUAAUGGGAAAAUACGCCGAACCCCACACAAUCCCCCCUCCCAUUAACUUCUCACGAGUCACCAUCCCGGAUCCGGGAGCACCCUCAUCAGUAAAAAAGCUGACUAGCAUAGCCUAGCAUAGCGCCACAAGUAAAUACUAGCAUCUAAAUAUCAUGAAAUCACAAGUCCAAGACACCAGAUGAAAGAUACACAUCUUGUGAAUCCAGCCAUCAUUUCUGAUUUUUAAAAUGUUUUACAGGGAAGACACAAUAUGUAUUUCUAUUAGCUAACCACGAUAGCAAAAGACACAACUUUUUUUUCCCACCAUUUUUUUACUGCAUAGGUAGCUAUCACAAAUU